AAUGGAUUUUUCGACCCAACUCGUUGCAGGAUUUUCUGUCCAGGUCUAUUGCAGACUAAAAUAGAUACCUAGCAGCUGAUAUCUGAGAUCACAGUGAGUUUUUGUUUGCGUAUACGAAUAUAAAAUUCUUCGUGUGGUUGUUAACUGCUGGAGAUAGGAGUAAUGGAAAUGUUGGUUUGAAAUUCCGACAACGAUUUGCUCAAAAACAUGGGUUCAUAUUAAAAUGAACCAACUCAUCAUGAACUAGGGCAGUGCCAUAUUACCAAGCUCAUGCUUCCAGAAAUAAUUCCCACCAAGUUUUUGUUCACCUUCCCCCUCCCCCCAUUCCUUCCAACCCUCAAAUUCUCUUCUCAAGCUUUUACGGGCCAGCACAAGUUUCUGACCAAACAAGCCUUUACCACCCUGUUGCAGUCAUGUUCCUCGAAUCCGUAUCAGCUGAAACAAAUCCAUGCCCUCCUCCUCAUAUCAGGCCUCUCCAUCAAGAACAGCCUUCUCACGCAUCUUCUCACCAGCUUCAUAGUAUUGGGUGAUAUGUUGUAUGCCCGUCAACUGUUCGACGAAAUGCACAAGCCGCGAACUUUCUUGUGGAACACCCUCAUCAGAGGCUAUGUGCAAAAUGGCCGACCCAAUGAAGCCGCUUCCAUUUAUAAGAGAAUGCAUCUUGUCGGUGUACGUCCUGAUUCAUUCACAUUUCCUUUCGUGAUUAAGGCCUGUGCUGAGCUGCCUGAAUUCAAGGCUGCGGGUUCUACUGCUCAUGCCCAGCUGGUGAAAUAUGGGAUCGAGUUUGUUGCAGUGAUAAGGACUGAAUUAAUGAUAAUGUAUGUCAAAUUUGGAGAACUCGGUUUAGCUGAUUUUUUGUUUAAUACCAUGACUGAAAUAGAUUUAGUGGCUUGGAAUGCUUUCAUUGCAGCAUGCGCCCAGAAUGGAUAUGGAAUUAAGGCUCUUGCUUUGUUUCGAGAAAUGAGUUCAUCUGGAACUCGGCCAGAUGCUGUGACUUUGGUGAGUGCUCUUUCAGUUUGUGGCCAGCUAGGGUGUUCGGAUACUGGGGAAGAAAUUUAUCGUAUUGCAAGAGAAGAAGGGAUCGAUUGCAACAUAAUUGUUGAAAAUGCACGGCUAGACAUGCAUGUGAAGUGUGGUAAUAUUGACUUUGCGACUGAAUUGUUUGAGAAAAUUCCUCGCGGGAAUGUAAUUUCUUGGAGUACUAUGAUUUCAGGAUAUGCUAUUAACGGGGAAAGUGGAAAGGCAUUAUCCUUGCUUUCUAGGAUGCAGAGAGAGGGAUUGCGACCAAAUUAUGUUACGUAUCUGGGGGUUUUGUCAGCUUGUAGCCAUGCUGGACUAGUGAGCCAAGGCUGGAGAUAUUUUAAUCGGAUGUCUCGAUCAGAUGAUGAAAACAUAAAACCCAAGAAAGAACAUUAUGCUUGCAUGGUUGAUCUUCUUGGCCGAUCAGGACGUCUUGAAGAAGCGUAUAACUUCAUCAAAAGCAUGCCUAUUGAGCCAGACUCGGGGGUAUGGGGGGCUCUAUUGAGCGCCUGUGUUAUACACCAAAACGUGGAAAUGGGCCAACAUGCCGCAGAUCGUCUUUAUGAACUAGCUCCUGAUGUUGCUUCAUACCAGGUUCUAAUGUCAAAUAUAUAUGCAUCUGCCGGGAGGUGGGAUUUUGUUAAUAAGGUGAGGCAGAAGAUGAGGAAGAAGGGUGUCAGAAAAAUAGCUGCAUAUAGCUCAGUUGAGUUUAAUGGAGAGUUACAUGUUUUCUAUGGGGGAGAUAGAUCACAUCCGCAGUCAGAAAUUAUAUACGAAAAGUUGGAUCGUUUGAUUAAACAAAUGAAGAGUAUGGGUUACAGUUCAAAGACCAAUUCUGUGCUCCACGAUGUCGAAUUGGAAGAGAAGGAAUCAAUUAUCAGCACCCACAGUGAAAAACUUGCCAUCGCCUUUGCCUUGAUUAAUGUAGGGCCUGAACGCCCUAUUAGAGUGAUCAAGAAUUUGAGAAUAUGUGAUGACUGCCAUACUUUCUCUAAAUUUGUCUCCCAAAUUUCAUUGAGAGAGAUUAUUAUGAGAGACAAAAUUCGUUUUCAUAAUUUCAGAAAUGGAGUUUGUUCUUGUAAGGAUUUCUGGUAAGUGGCUAUGAGCACUUGAGCAGUGACGAGUUUUCAAGCUGUAUAGGAGUCUAGACUUUCUAUCCAUGUUUCCUGUUUCUUAAGCGUGGUGGAUAGUUAGAGAAAAACUAUAGUCAAAGGCAUCAAGGGACAUAAAGAUGGCCAAAGAAUUGUAUGUAACUAUAAAUUGUGACGUUGAGCAGCUCUUAGAAAGCAUGCCUCAAGUGAUUUUUCUCCUCUACGCCUUGAGUUACUGUGGGCGAGAAUAUCAUCUUAGUCAUCUUAUGAAAUAUAUACUCAUCUUCGUUGUAGGAAAACUCUCAAUUCUCAGUUAUAGGCUAAUUCAGUGUUGGAACCGGGAUGGUCUUAGGCAUGCACCAUUCUUCAAGAGAGCGGUUUGGGAAAUUAUUGAGAUGGUUUAACUACACGAUAAUAUAAUUAUAGGAUACUCUUGUAUCAUCGACAGCAAGCAAAACCGUGGAGUUAGACAGUGCCAAAAAUAUAUUAUUUUGAUAAAUUUGUGGGAUGUAAUCAGGACUUGGAUUUUCAUGAAUGAUUGAUCAACACUGAAGAAGUUACUAGUCUGCAUCCUCUUAGUCUCAGACACUAACCAGAACUCAGAAUUGUGGGAGUUUAGGUCUUUUUUGAGGCCAAAAGGAGUUGAUCUUAAGGAGACGUCAGACCUAUCAAACACUUGAGAUCAGGAUGCUUCUUGUUUGGUCGGAUGGUGAGAAGAAACUGGCGUUGCUAUCCCGCUGGAGAGAGAGCUUACUUAAUUUGUUCAGUGGACUAAUUAUUGGAAUAAAAUAAAAGAAUGAAAGCACA